UGUAUUCAAGCAUGAUGAAUCUUCUUCCUUCAUCUGCAAUAGCUCCUUCAGCAAUGGCCUCUGCCAUUUUCCUCUUCAUCUUGUUCUUCUUCUUUGCUAGUAGUACUUUUGUCUCUGCAACAGGAGAUAAUUAUUGUGCUCCAUCAUCAUGUGGGAACCUCACAAACAUUAGACAUCCUUUCCGUCUCAAAGACGAUCCUCCCAAUUGUGGAGAUUCAAACUAUGAGCUCACCUGCGAUGGUCUCAACCGCACCAUCCUCACUGUAAGCUCUAAUCACAGCUACUACGUCACCAAUAUCACAUACCGUGAUUACUCCUUCGAUUAUCUUUCUGUUUACUUUGAGAUACAAGUGAUGUAUGUUGGGAUGGAAAAGUACAACAUUAAUAAUAAUAGCAGUUGCAGCCAUCUAAUUCCCCUUCCGGCCUCUCCUCUGACACCCUCUAAUUACCUGUUGAGUACCUCUUAUAAUUACCCGAGGAGUAAUAGAAUUCACUACAUGAUAAACCCAUUUGAAUAUUGGGUUACUUUGGUGAAUUGCUCAAAGGAAGUGAAGAACAAGUCCAUGCAUCAUUACUAUGAUAUCUACAAUCACAAGCACUACUACUACUACAGUCCUGUGGCUUGCUUGAGCCACGACAACAACUCCUUCAUCUACCUCUUCCCAUCAAAGAGUGUCCGUGACCUUAUGCCUUCCUGCAGGUUUCUUGCAAUGUACCCUGCCAAAUAUCCGAUAUUUCACGACCAACAACCAAUUGACAUAUUCAAGUUUCUAGCCCAGGGGCUCACCCUCUCCGGAUUUAUUGAGCCCACCAAGGCAUUCAGGAUAAACAACAUCCCACAUUGCUUGACAAAGUCGAUAAGGGAAACUUAUCAGGAAGCCACCGGCAAAUCAAAUUCAAUUUCAGUUCGGAUUGCCUUAAUUUUAUGGGGAAUAGAGUUUAAAUUUCUUGAUUGCAUGGGAAUCAGCAACGAUGACAUGAGUAUGAAGCGUUACCAUCUUGUGCCGUCAACUAGGAUCAUGUUGGGGAUAUUAUUAUCAAUUGCUAGAGCAGGAAUAGUGUUUGCAGUGUCGGGAAGAUGUAUAUUUGCACCAUUGAUUAUAUUUACUUUUCUUUCUCACAAAUUAUACCAAAUGAUGUCAUCUAUCGAUAUUGUGGAGAAGUUCUUGAGGAACCAACAAACUCUUAUACCAACUAGGUAUUCAUACACCGACAUCAUUGCCAUGACUAGCCACUUCAAGGAGAAACUAGGUCAGGGAGGAUUUGGCUCUGUUUUCAAAGGUCGACUUCCUUUUGACAAGCUUGUUGCUAUCAAGAUGUUAACAAAUUCCAAGCACAAUACCGAUGGCACGCAGAGAGCUCUAAUAUAUGAGUACAUGGCUAAUGGUUCUCUUGAUAAGUUUAUUUUCUCAUCCAAUAAUGGCCCCAACCACAAAUUCUCUCUAGACAAACUAAUAGAUAUUGCAUUAGGAGUUGCUCGAGGACUUGAUUAUCUACACAAAGGAUGUGAUAUGCAAAUUCUGCAUUUUGACAUCAAACCGCAUAACAUUCUUUUAGACCAUAACUUCAAUCCAAAAGUUUCUGAUUUUGGCCUUGCAAAACUAUAUCCAAAGAACAAUAGCUUGGUAUCGCUCGGUGUUGCAAGAGGAACUAUAGGAUAUAUUGCUCCAGAGCUGAUAUCAAGAAGUUUUGGUGUUAUCUCUCACAAGUGUGAUGUUUAUAGUUUUGGUAUGCUACUCUUAGAAAUGACUGGUGGGAGAAGAAAUUCAAAUCCAAGAGCAGAUAAUACAAGCCAAGUUUAUUAUCCUUCAUGGAUUUAUGAUAAACUUGUUAAUGCUAUAGUUGAUCAUGACAUGGUAAAAAUGGAUACAAGUUUUGUGAUCGAUGAAAGAGAAAAGAAGUUAUGCAUAAUAGGUCUGUGGUGUAUACAGAUAAGACCAUCAGAUCGGCCCUCCAUGAACAAAGUGAUAGAGAUGCUAGAAGGGGAUAUUGGUAGCUUACAAAUGCCACCCAAGCCAUUUUUUUCAGAACCAACUCAAAUAUUUUCAAUGGUGUCAUGCUUAAGCACUGAUGAUGGCGAAUUAACGACCAUCUCUGAAGAUGCUAAUGAGAUUAAUUAA